CGCGCACGCGCGGUGCGUGCACCUCGCUACCAGCAGGUACCCGCGGAUGCGGGGGGGGGGGGGGGGUGGUGCGCGGCCCCUUUAAGGGGAGCGCCCGGAAGGGCGUGCGCCCCGCCCGGUCCCGCCCCGGAGCGCACCGGCCCCGGGGGGGGGGGCGCGGUCGUUGGCGGCUGCGGGAGCCCGGUGCGGGACAUGGCGCGGGGCCGCCUGGAGCUGCCGGCACCGGGGCCGCGGCUGCUGCCGGUACUGGGCGCGCUGCUGGGCGCCGCCGCCGCCUUCAACGUAGACCGCGGAUUCCCGGUGCUCAAGGAGGGCGCGAGCCCCGGCGGCUUUUUCGGCUUCUCGGUAGCGUUGCACCGGCAGACGGAGCGGCGGGAGCAGAGCCUGCUGCUGGUGGGGGCCCCCCGAGACAUGGAGCCAGUGAACGGCACACGGACAGGAGCUGUCUAUGCCUGUCCCCUCACCACGUCCACUAACGACUGCCAGCGCCUCGACAUUGAGCUGAAGAAUGAGCCGGACAAGGCCAUCAUCGAUGACAUGUGGCUGGGGGUGACAGUGGCCAGCCAGCGGCAGCCGGCGGGGAGGGUGCUGGCCUGCGCUCACCGCUACACCAAGGUGCUGUGGUCGGGCAGCGAGGACCAGCGGCGCAUGGUGGGCAAGUGCUAUGUGAGGGGCAAUGACCUGCGCCUCAACAUCAGCGACGAGUGGCAGACCUACCACAACGAGAUGUGCAACUCCAACACGGACACUGACGAGACCGGCAUGUGCCAGAUGGGCACCAGCGCCGGCUUCACUGCCAACAUCAUCUAUUUUGGGGCGCCCGGUGCCUACAACUGGCAAGGUACCAACUACAUGCUGCAGCGGGAGAUGUGGGACCUGCAUGACUUCUCCUACCCCAACAAGAAGAACGGCAACACCUACAUAGGGUACACGGCGGAGGUGGGCAGCGCGGUGCUGCAGCAGGACUCAGUGACGGUGGUGACGGGCGCUCCCCGGUACAAGCACAUGGGCGCCGUGUACCUGCUGAGCCGCAGCCCCCAGCAGACACUGCAGAGGAGCCUCCUGCUCCCCGGGCACCAGGUCGGCUCCUACUUCGGCAGUGCCGUGGCCCUGGCAGACCUCAACAAUGACGGGUGGCAGGACCUGGUGGUGGGAGCUCCCUACUACUUCCAGCGGAAGCAGGAGGUGGGGGGCGCAGUGUACGUCUACAUGAACGAGGUGGGGGGCUUCCAGCCCCACCCCAGCCUGGUCCUCACUGGCCCCAGCUACUCCGGUUUCGGCUUCGCAGUGGCCAGCAUCGGGGACAUCAACCAGGACGGCUUCCAGGAUAUCGCUGUGGGGGCUCCAUUCGAGGGGCCUGGCAAGGUUUACAUCUACCACAGCAGUGCAGAAGGGCUGCUGGAGAAACCCCGGCAGGUGAUCAGCGGGUCAGACCUGGGACCUGCCAGCAUGCAGACCUUUGGGUACUCAUUGAGCGGGGGGCUGGACGUGGACGGGAACUCCUACCCUGACCUGCUGGUGGGCAGCUUGGCCGAGAGGAUCGUCCUACUCAGAGCACGGCCUGUGAUCAACAUCCUGAACAAGACCUUCAUGGUGACCCCCAGCAAGGUGGACCCUGCCCGGUGUACGCCCGAGUCCUGCAUCACGGUGACUGUCUGCUUCUCCUACAACCAGAGUGCUGGAGACCCCCAGUACAAGGAGAAGAUCACCCUGGAGUACACCCUGGAGGCUGACAAGGACCGGCACCCACCCAGGGUCAGGUUUUUGGGGACCCACUCUGCCACCUACCAUGGCCUCUUUCCCAUGCCCGAGACUCGCUGUGAAUCCAAGGAGCUCCUGCUGCUGGACAACAUCCGAGACAAGCUGCACCCCAUCGUGCUCUCCAUGAACUACUCUCUGGUGGAGAAGCCCAGAGCCUUCCAGCUGGGUCCCCACUCCCUCGAUGCCUUCCCCAUCCUCAACCAGGACCAGUCACACGAGAACGAGACCAAGAUCGAGUUCCAGAAGGAGUGCGGCUCCGACAACAAGUGCUACAGCAACCUCCAGCUCCAGAGCAGCUUCGUCACUGACCAGAACCAGCCCCUGCCCAGGCUGAACGGGACCCAAGUGCUGCAGUACAGCCGGGAUGUGCGGAAGCUCCACCUGAGCAUCGACAUCACCAACGUGCCCACCAACCCCACCAACGGCGAGGACGCCCAUGAGGCGCUGCUCAACGUCACGGUGCCCGCCAGCCUGCUGCCCUCCUCCGUGCGCCCAAGCGGAGCCUGUACCUUUGCAGAGACAGUGCUGUGCGAGUUGGGCAACCCUUUUAAGAGGAACCAGAGGGCAGAGCUGAUCAUCACAUUUGAGGCCAUUGGGAUCAUGCUGGACACACGGGAGAUCUUGGUGUGGCUGGAUCUGUCUACGCAAAGCACCCAGGAGGACCUGCAGCCUGUGCUGGCCAGGCUGCUGGUGGACUACAGCAUCCAGUCCUCGCUGACCAUAGUCCCAUCGCACGUGCAGUCGCACUUCAGUGGGUCGGUGCUGGGCGAGUCAGCCAUGCGGGGGGAGCAGGACGUGGGCAGCCCCCUCACCUUCAACUUCCAGGUGAGCACCAAGGGCGAGUCGCUAGGCGCCCUGGGCACCAUCCUGCUGGGCUUUGAGUGGCCCUAUGAGAUCCCCAACGGGAAAUGGCUCCUCUACCCCACCGAGAUCCUCGUCAACAGCAACGAGACCUGCAAGCCCCCCGGGGGGGUCAUCAACCCGCUCAACCUCACUCUCCUGCAGGACCAGGCUCCAUCCCGGCAGAGGCGGGAGCUGGAGGCCCCCGACCUGGUGGAGCCCCCCAUCACCCUGGCCACCGCCAAGAAAGCCAAGUCAGAGGUGCUGCUGAGCUGCUCCAAGGGCACAGCUCACUGCGUGUGGUUUGAGUGCCCCCUGCUCCACACCCAGCACCCCACCACCUUCAGCGUCCGUGCCCGGGUGUGGAACAGCACCUUCAUCGAGGAGUACAGGGACUUUGACCGGGUGAAGGUGGACGGCACAGCGACACUCUUCCUCCGGACCCACGUCCCCACCAUCAACAUGAGGAACCAUACGGUGCGGUUCUCGGUGGAUGUGGACUCGGAGCUGAUGGAGGAGCAGCCGGCCGAGAUCGCGCUGUGGCUGGUGCUCGUGGCGGUGGCGGCCGGGCUGCUGCUGCUGGGGCUCAUCAUCCUCCUGCUCUGGAAGUGUGGUUUCUUCCGGCGCGCCAACACGCGGGCCAUGUACGAAGCCAAGGGGCAGAAGGCGGAGAUGAGGAUCCAGCCGUCGGAAACCGAGCGGCUGACGGAUGACUACUAAUGGGGGGCAGCCCCACUGCCCCCCUCAGGCGCCCGUGCCACCCGCUUGUGUGACUUCUUCCAGCGGACCCGCUACUACCGGAUCAUGCCCAAGUACCACGCGGUGAGGAUCCGGCAGGAGCAGCGCUACCAGUCCGGUGGCCUCCUGCCCCGCCGGCGCAAGAAACACUGGGUGACCAAGUGGCGGGAGCCGGAGAAGUACUACUGACCCCCGGCCCUGUGCGAGGGGAGCACCAGGGCCGGUGUUUGACUUUGCACAAGUGCAUCUCUCCCUGCCCCAACCCACCUCCUGCCUUGGACGCGGCCGCAUCCCGGCGCAGGCUUCCGCACGCUCCUGUCUGCUUCGCCAGUGUGCAGCUCGGCUCUUGCACACUUGUGCCUUGCACGCUUAGGGGGAUGAGCCCCAAAUGUGCCCCCCAUGUUCCCUGAUGUGACUGCUGCUGGUCUCACCGAGUGCCUUCCCCCCCAUGCAGACACUCCUCCUGCUGUGCUCCGCACAUGUUCUCGCACGGCGGGGCACACUCACCCCCCCCCCAACCCUGUGCUUCCCCCUUUCCUGGUGCUGGGUGCCUCCACCAUGGCUACAUGUGAUGAUGGGGAUGGUGGGACCUCAUUCCUUUCUCCCCUCCCUCCUCGUCCUCCCCAGAGCAGGGCAGGGAUCUGAUUCUGCAUGUUCACCCCCACCUUCCCAGCCUGCAUCUGCUGCAGCUUUAGCUUGGGAGGGAGGGUAUGCAGAGCACAAGGCCGUGUCCCCCCACCCCAAAGCCUUAUGCCCCACAGGUCUGUCCUGCCCCGGGGGUUAGGUUGUUCCGUGUCUUGUCAGUUUUGGUGCGGUCGGUACUGGGGGCUGGUGGGGUCCUGGACCCUGCCCCCUUCCCCUUCUCCCACCAGGGCCCAAUAAAGCCUCACUCUGGGAUUUGUAA